AUGUUAUUAUUGCUCUCAGGUGCUCCCCGCGCCACUUGCGGCCCGAAACCGCGCGGUACGCGAAGUGCCGCGGUGCGGCGGCACGGCCAAGGGGCGCAAGUGCAGGGCUUGGAGUGGUCCUCGCCGGAGGCGUGGCGCGCCACGGAGCAUUUUCUUCAACGACUGCUGGGCACUGGGGCUGGGGUGCCGACUGCUUGCCCUCACUGCAACCGGAAGUUCCGCCCCGACUCCUUGGCAAGACAUAGCCGGGUUUGUGUGAACGUCUUCCAGAAGCAACGGAAGGCCUUUGACGCCCUGCGGCAGCGCGUGCCACUGGAGUGCUUGACAAAGCUGCGGCGCCUCAAGGCCAAGGCCGAGGUGGGUCGCAUCCCAUCCUCGUGGCGCCAGCGAAGCAGAGCCUUUCGCCACGCAGUGCGGGAAGCGCGGCACGCCAGCGGUGAUUUGUAUGACAUUUGUCGUGGCUAUUCACCGAUAUCGGGUGGACCGCGGACCGAGGAUUUGAACGAGAAAUCGCCAUGCCCUCACUGCGGCCGGAAGUUUCUGGAAGUUCAUUUGGCACAGCAUGCGCCGGUCUGUGCCGAAGCUGCAAAGAGGUCGUGCCAAGGUGCAAGCGCUAAUCGACUGGGUACAGAUCUGAUUUUGGUAGGAGGUGCUCCCGUGAACACAGCGGUCGAAAGCAACAGUUUCCCUUGGCGCUUGGAAGUCGAAGACUUGGAUCCUGAAGAAGCGGCAGGCGGGGCGCAUGAUGGGCUUUCAGACUUGCUUUCGGGCGAGAGAACAGGGCUGCCCCUGGCUGCGAUGGCGUUGCUUACCAUGCGCCCCAUCUCACCCUUCGUUUCUGUGAGCCGCGGCCAAGGACAGAGCCAGAGCCGAGUGGCUUGCGCAGCGAAGGGGUAUGGCGUCCUGCGCAGGCUGAUGCAGUUGCAAGACGACUUCCUGUCCUUGCCCAAGACCAAGGAGUUUGUUCUGGACCGGGACUGGCCAAAAGAGCGGCUGUUGAACGUGGAAGAAUUUCUUCAGCACCAGGAGAAGUGGUGGAGUUGGCGGCCGAGCGCCAUGGCCGAGCGGGUGAGACAAGCUGAGAGCAUUGCAGCGGCGUUAUUGUGCUCCAUGGUCUACACAGCGCUGCUCUCCAGCAACAAACAGCUGCAGUUCUUGGACUGGCCAUACUUCUUCAUUAUGGGUACCUCAGCUUUCCUGGUGACCAUCUUCAAUGUCUCACUUCUCUGGUGGCAGAGACUCUGGCAUCUGAAACCUGGCCAGUUGAAGUGGGUGAUUCUGCGCGGAGCCUUGGGCAGCGCAGGGAACGCCCUGGGCAUUUUCGCGGUGCUGGCAGGGGCUCCGGUGGGUUCCAUCGCUGCGUUCCGCAGCGUGAACUCCAUCGUGGCCUCUCUGGGAACAGUGGCUCUGGGAGAGCAUUUUGGAUGGCUGCAUCUUUUGUCCGUGAGUUUGUUCGUGCUGGGUGCCACGCUGACGGCGGACCCAGAGGAGAUUAUGGCAACCAUGGGAACCACCCUGCUUGGCCAUGGCCUAGCGCUUGGGAGCGGCAUCUGCGGUGGCUGCUCCCAUUUGACGGGCCGCAAGAUCACUGAUGUCCACCCCUCCUUUCUGACGAUUUCAAACAUGUGCCACGGUUGGAUCUUAUACUGGACCCUGCACUUUAUUCCUCAAGUGCCAAGCGGAAACUUUCAGUCCAUGGAGGGCGCUCACCUUCACGGACUCCUGCUGUUGCUUUGCUUGCCAAUGAUCAUGCAUUUCGACACCACCUUUGGUGGUAUCGCAUCUCAGAGAUGUUCAGCUGCUGUGGCAACCACUGUGAUAACAUCAGUGAACAUGCUCCUGGGCUAUGGCUUGGAUUACUUCAUCUCGCACCACCGGAUGAAGUUUCUGACCCUGCUGGGCUCCACGUUGAUCUUCCUGGCGGUGCUCACCAUGCUCUUUGCCGCGUCGACGUCGAUGUCGAGAAGAAGCAGCGAAUACAAGGCUUCCUCGACGAAGGUGGAGCACGCCAGAUCACAGGAGUUGUCGAAUCUACUACCAUUGGAGGACAAUGCCAACACCAUUUGA